UCAAGCUAUCGGCUGUUUUGAGGUUAUAAAAUCAAAAACAAACUUUGAAUUUCGGAUUUUGUAAUAAAUUUCUGAAUCAAAUGCGAUUUAUGUGGCUUAUUUUGCAAAUUACAAAUCUAUCGACCGUUAAUUGAAAAACUUUAUUUGGAAAUUGAAUAUUGGUGUAUUGAACUUUACGAUGGUAUCCAACACGAGGGUUGAUAAUCCGGUCAAAAAGGAAGGUAUAAAAAAGCAAAAAAAGAAGGAAAAGCCUAACCCUUCUGUCAAUAAUAGCUUAAAAAAGGAUGUGGAAAUCGAGGUACCAAUUGCAGCUGUUAAUUUUAAAAAGGAUGUAACAAAUGAAGAUGAAACAAUACCUGAAGAACUAAGUGAAAAGUAUCCAGUGUUGAAAGAUGAGGCAUUGAUAAAGAAAUUCCAAAGUGUAAAAGUAAAUAAUAAUCAGAAAGGUAGAAUAAGACAAGUAUUAAAAGACCAACUGAAAGAUACCUCGGACAAUGUAUUGCCAGAUGUAAUUCACAGUAGAAUACAAGGUAUUAUCAAGGACUCCAAAGAUCUGACAGAACCUGAGCUUAGAAAAAUAAGGAUAUUGUACAAUAUGCUUAAAACUGCUGUACAAACUACUAAGCCUGAUGAUGGCAAGAUUAAAAAGAAAAGUAAAAAUAAAAGGAAUAAGAAUAAAAAAAGUGAGCCAAAGGAUGAAAGUGAAAGUGGAGUACAAACAGAAACACAAACUGUUGAGAAACUGAAAAGUACUGACAGUAGUAAAGAUACAGACAGCAAAGCUGCUCAAGAAAACAAGAAUAAACCAAAAGGUCCUAAAAGAUAUGUGGUAUUUGUUGGGAAUUUACCACCUCAAAUUGAAAAAGAGACGAUAAUGACACAUUUCAAAGAUCUAGCAGAUCAAAUAGUGAGUGUGAGGAUACCAAAACAAGAAGAGGGCAAGAAGAGUUCAAUUGCUUAUGUGGAACUAAAAAGUGAACAUAGCUAUGAGUUGGCACUGUCUAAACAUCACUCUAUGCUGGGUACCAAGAGGAUUAAUGUUCUAUACACAACACAAAAGAACAGCAAGAUUAGCAAAACUGAAGCAAAGAGCAAAUCUGCAAAACUAAUAGCCUUACAAAAGUCAGGUAAGCUUGCAGGGAGUGUAGCAAUGAACAAGAAGAGGAGCCACCGAAGAAACAAGGCGAAACGCGCACAGGCAAAACUACAGACUUCUGCCAAGUGACAUACCAGUGUGACUGUAAUAUAAUGUAAAUAA